AUGGGGUGCAUGCCAUCACACAGUGUCCUUGUCAACAGCGUGGCCAAGAGUGGCUUUCAGUUUUUUAAGAAGCCCAAAGCAAUUUUGCCAGAAGGUCAGAGGGGCAGGCAAAAAUGUCCCAUCCCUUUGCUGGUUCAAAGUUCCACCUCCUGUGACCCUGGUUGGGAACCGCACCUGGGACAGAGGCCAGCAGAGGAGUCAGCAAGUUCCAAGAAGCCCCAAACCAUGGCUGAAGGUCUUUGUCAGCUCACAGAAGAUAUGGAAGGACCGACUCCAGAAAGUCAAAGAUUCCAGCUGAACAUUCCACAAAGCCGCACAGCUGCGGACAUGUCAUUCAGGACAGAUGGCUCCCUCGGAAUACAAGGAACAGAUUCUGCUUGGCGAGAGAGUGAGGAAAACAUGCCCCAGGAGACCUCAAAAUGGGACAACAAACCAAGGUGCCAUUGCUACCAAACUAUUCCUGAGUCAAAAGGCCGAGUGGACUUCCCCGAGCCCCUGGUAAAGGCCCACCAGCACACAUAUGCCUAUCUGCACGCUAGCCUCUCCAGAUACGAGGCGAUUCUGCAUCUCGUCCAGCAGGCCAGCCACACCCGGGAGCUGUUACAACCCAUGCUCAGCUUCCUGCUGCUGUGUUUCCAGGAGGUCAGCCAGCUCCUGGGAGAAAUCUCCAAAGAUGGAGAAGUGCUCCUCCAGGAAGUUAGAGGGGAUCUGGCCUGGCCAUCCAGGACAGGUGAGCCCUGGGAACAGCCAGACCUCCUGCAACAAUUGCUGCAGUACACAGUCAACAAGCUGCAGGUGGUCCACAGCACAGUGGCUGAGCUCACUGGGACCUUGCUGGAGAGCUCCAGCGGCUGUCUCAGCACUGCGGCUAGCCACCUGAAGGGUAAACUGAGCACCCAGAGAGGUAUAGACGAAGGCCUCCUAAGGGCCCUGGGACAACUAGAGAGCCUGACCACUGGCCACAGCGACCCUGGGCUGCCGGGUCCACCCUUGUGCUCUGAGGACAGUGGCAUCGGUGCCGACAAUGAGUCUGUGCAAUCCAUGGAGAAGCUGGGCAAACAAACCAGCUGGGACUUGGCAGCAGAGCCUGGCGAAGGGAAGCCAGGGACUGCACCCCAAGUGGAAGUCAGGGUGGCAGGGCAUGCCUGGCAGAAAGGUCCAUGUUGGACAGGUUCAGACAGACACCAAGACUGUCCCCUGUCGAAGCCUAGGAUAGCGAAGGUUCAGCCUGCGGCACAGGAUAAAGCCAAGCACUCUCGUGCCUCCAGCACGAGCUCAGAACCAAUCACCUCCAGGCCUCCAGAGGCUGCCAAAAGCCUUCUGCGGAAUUCCCUCGGGUUUGAGACCCCGGUGCAAACACAUUUUUCUCGGAGUUCUGGGUUGGUGGACGCUCCAUCCCUGAGCGAAGAUGAGGACAGCAGCCUGGAGGAGGAAGAUGAAGUUUGCAGCACGGAUCUGCAUGCUGAGCAACAGAAAGCAUCACCUCCAAGACCACGGUCCUCACCUCCCACCCGGGAUAGCCUGUUUCAGCCAUAUUCCAGGAAGCUGAGGAGCCCCCAGGCUCAGGAAAUGAUUCUGAAGAUGAAAGAAGCCAUCAGUGAAAGGAUCAAGUUUGUCCCUGUGCCUUCCAGACCCCAGGACUGGGAUGAGGAGGAGGAGGAGGGGACAACAAUAGUCCCUCCAAGACCUAACACAGCCUGUGGCAGCAGGAGGGCCCCUGAGAGACAAAGGAGGUCACAAUCAGAGGGAAGUCUUAAGAGCCACGUGGAAGACCCCACCCUCCAGGAGCUGAAGAGGGUUCAGACAGACCUCAGUAGGAGGCUGGAGGUAUUCUAUGCCCUGGGUGGUACACGGCAGGGGCAGAACAGGGAACAACUUCUGCAAUCCAGGACGUCAGUGCUGUGGCCCCCUUCCAACUGCAGGGUAAGUCCCGGCAGUACCAUCAGCAAGUUCAAGGCCUCCCUCACCAAAAACUUCAGCAUUCUGCCCAAUCAAGACAAGAGCAUCUUCCAAAGAGGUGGUCACCUCUCCGACCGUGAGCAGCCCUGCCAGAAGAAGGCUGGAAGGCUGCCAAAUGCCAUCUUUUGUGGUGAGAAGAACAGUGGGAUUCCCAGGGACACUGAAGGGGACAUCAGGGACUGUCCCACCAGGACGUCAGUGAAGAAGCUCAUUGAGGCCUUCAGUCCCAAUGAAAGUCUGAGGAUGCCAAGGGACUCCAGGAACUUGGGGUCAAGCCCCGGCCUCAGAAAGUGGGGGGUCCCUGCCAUCCCUCCCAGAUUUCCUAUAUACAGGGGGCUAGCCCCUCUCUAUGCUAAGCCCCAAAUUUCUCCAGCAGCAGGCAGAGAACCUCUCAGGGUGAGCAUGGGCUGGAGGCCUUCUGCACCCUUUCCCCCCUUUCCCUCCCUUCCUACAGCAGAGGCAUCCAAUAGUGAGGACAGCAGCUGGGAAGUGGAGGAAGACCUAGAGAACCUCCCCCCACCUCCUCUGGAAAUCCUAAUGGACAAGUCAUUCACUGCUCUGGAGCACCCCGAGAGCAGUCAGCCAGCACGGAGCCCAGUGGACGAGACCCUGGUACCAGGGCUUCAAGAAGCUGGCCCACCAAGGAAAACAUGGGCUUCCCCCAAGCUGAGAGCCUCCAUGAGCCCCAUGGACUUGCUCCCUAGCAAAAGCACUGGCAGCUCCCUAAGGCUGCACAGCACUGGGCCAGGGAUCAUCAGGAAUGUGGGCAAUUCCAGAAAGCUGACCUUGGGCCUGAACUCCCAGCAAGCAGUGAGCUCAAGCCCAGAGGCAGAGGAUGGAGCUCAGAUUCAGGUACCAGAGGAGGACGCUGCGAGGCUCUCUGAACGUGGCCAGAAGGCAAACCCUUGGCACCACCCUAACCCCACAUCUGGGCAAAGCAAGACCUGGGAACCAAGCCUGGCCUGCUCUUCACAAGGUCCACACUCUCCAGAAGCAUCCAGGAAGGGUCCAGAGAGAAGCCCUCCAGGGAUCAGGAAAACCUCUCCCACGAGAGCACAGAGGGCAUCCCCAGGGGACAGGAGGCUCCAGAGCCUCCCCUCCUCUCGUGGAUUGUCCCAGCCAGGCCUCCCUGCGGUUCUCAGCUCCCCUAGCCCACCUCUGAGCCCCAGGACACUGAGCCCACCAGCCAUAAAGAAGUCAACUUCCCCACCAUGUGGAUACCUGCAGCUUAACCAAGCCCAGGAGAGCCCACCUGUCCAUCAGACAGAAACAAACACUUCUUCCUCUGCCUCCUCAUCAUCUCCCUCAGCGUCUGCCUCUCAGGGCUCCAAGGAGAAGAGUCACUUUGAGGAUGGUGAAGCCACUAUGACUAAAACACCCAGGAACAAGUGUUUUAUAUUCUGCCCAUCUGCCUCCUCUCAGUUUGAAGCUAAAUCGUCAUUCUCACUAUCCCUUCCAAGGACGCUACCAGAACCUGGAGACCCCAACAGGGCCCCAACAGGAGGCUGGAGGGGCAGCUCAGGGUCACGACUGAGGGCAGAUCCGCAGAAGAGAACAACUCUGAGCACUCUCAACCCCUUGCCUUUCGUCAGAAGGACAUCUUCAGAACGCCAGCGCCAGCAGGCUCACCCUCUUCAGCUGCCCGGCUGCUCUUGGGAGUCCCAUCCUUGCCAAAGCAGUGGCAGCAGCAGCAGCAGUGAGGAGAGCCCCAAGCAAGAGCCCCCACCUUGGAUUAAUUCCUGUGCCCCAGAAUUGCAGGGCAGCGGCACCAAGUGGGCAUCUCCUUUGGAGCUCUGUGUGCUGGGUCAUGGGCUGCAGCCAGAAGCUCGUAUCAGCCGCAACCAGGACAGAGCCCAGCCAGAGUCACAACACUAG